CAUCUAUUUUUAGAAUACGUGUCGGCGUUUCAAUUCCUAUUUACAACUUCCUUAAUUUAAUUUGAUUACUUUAACACAAAUCUGUAAGCUCCAGAUCAUGCUCCAGUUUCCAGCAGCCAAUUAAAUACGACCACGAAACUCUUUUUGACUAUCGUCCUUCUAACACGCAAGAGCCAUAUAGAAAUUACGUAAACAGCAGUUCUUGAGCCCUACUUUCUGCAGUUUUUGUGGCAAAUCUUCUGGGUCUUCAAUUUUUUUGGGCCAAAAUGUUAAAAUUUUGUAGUGUUCUAGCAUUCAUAGCAUUAAUUAGUGCUUUACCUAAAGAAGAUGGUCAUAAAGAUCGAGUUUUUGAUGGAGACCUUAGUGAUAAACAGCAUUUUGAGCAUGAAGAGCACAACGUCCAAUAUGAUCAUGAAGCUUUCUUAGGGGAGGAUGCCAAAACUUUUGACCAAUUAUCUCCUGAAGAGAGUAAAAGAAGAUUGGGAGUCAUCGCAGAAAAGAUAGAUAAUAAUAAAGAUGGUUUUAUAUCGAGAGAAGAAUUAAAAGAUUGGAUCAAAUUUACACAAAAACGUUACAUCGCUAGUGAUGUAAACAGGCAGUGGCAACAACACAACCCCGAUGAUAAUACUUUACUUUCUUGGGCGAGUUAUGAGAAAAAUGUUUACGGGUUUUUGGAUAAUCCCAUUGAACAGGCUCAUGAUAGUGAUGAAGAAAAGAGCUACAAAGCAAUGAGAAAACGCGAUAGAAGGCGAUGGUCGGCAGCUGAUGCUGACGGAGAUGACAGUUUAACUAAAGAGGAGUUUUCCACUUUUUUGCAUCCUGAAGAGUAUGAGCAUAUGAAAAUGAUUGUGGUGCAGGAAACUAUGGAGGACAUUGAUAAGGAUGGGGAUGGAAAGAUCUCCAUUGAAGAAUAUGUUGGAGACAUGUACAAAGCGGAAGAAGGUGAGGAAGAACCAGACUGGGUAAAAAGUGAAAAGGAACAAUUUACGAUCUAUCGUGAUAAAGACGGGGACGGACUAAUGGACGAGCAGGAGGUGAAAAACUGGAUUUUACCGGACGAUUUUGAUCACGCCGACGCAGAAGCCCGUCAUCUUAUAUACGAGGCGGAUCAAGAUGUGGACGAGCAAUUGACCAAAGAAGAAGUUUUGAGUAAAUACGAUUUAUUUGUUGGAUCGCAAGCGACUGAUUUUGGGGAAGCCUUGGCUAGACACGAUGAACUUUAAAUCAUACAAAGUUUGUCAAAUUUUAAGUGUUCAUAUUUAAUUUUUUUUUCUAAGUUUUUCUUUAUAACAGUUUGUGCUUAGCAUGUCUUUAUUUUUUUUUAAGUCUUCUAGAACUAACUUCUAGUGCAUUUAUAUAGUUUUUAAUAAUGUUAGAAUAUCUUUUAUAUUAGAACAAAGCUAACAUCAAGACUGAUAUUGCUCGAUUUUUAAAAUAGGCUUCGCUGUUAUCGUAUAAUAUAUGAAAAGUAUUUGUCCAAAACUAACUCAAAGUCCAAAAUCGAAAUACUGAAUAAAUUUAGCGUUCUUUGUUACACUUCUUAACACCAGAUGAUAAAGAUUUGGAUUUAUUUAAUAUCUAAUUGAAAAAUAAAAAACUACUAGCUAAAAGUUACAAAUUUUGAAAGCUGAUAUUAGAAAACUGAUUUAAGUCCUUAUACGUAAGCAACAAUUAAAAAGAGUGUUUCUUAUUAUAGAAAAGAUUUCAUAUUACCGACAGCUUCUUCUGCAGUGUGAACUACAGCUCUCGUAGAUUUUGUAACGAUUGUUUAUAAAAUAGCUUUUCUUCCUCUGUAAGUGUUACAUGCUUCGCUGAUUUUUUUCAGUACUUAUCUUAUUGACGCCUGCUAUCCUUUGUACCCUUUCCGGAAUUUUUUAUGUCCAGGUUGUUCAUUUUUAAAACAGGAUGUGAACAUGAUAUGGGAGAGCCACCUUCUGUGGCCACAUUUUUACUGGGCGGUCUGUAACUGAGAAAAAUCUUGUUCUGUGGCCAUGCUAUCUACAUUCCAACUAUGGCCAUUGCUUUUUAAAUCAAAGUUUAAGCGAAAAUAUUUUUAAAUUCUUAAUAUUAUUAUUACUUUCUUAUUUUUAAAAGAUAACUUAAAAUUGUUAAUAAUAUGAUAGGAAAAGAUUAAAAACAGAAAAUGUCCAAAACUCUACGAAUGAAGAUAUAGGAAAAAACUAAUACAUACAUAAUAUUAAUCUAGCCAAAUUAAAAUUUUAAAUCUAUUGACAAAAAUUAUUUAUUCUUAAGGUUCCUCCAGUAUUGCUGGGUUCAGAAUACCUCAGCUCAAUAUCACUUUUCGUAAUAGUGGAAGUAUCUGAAGCUGUACGAAAGACUUUUUUGUUGAAAUUGCAGGUAAGACUUAGUGUAUUCGUUGUCUUGUAGAUGAAUAUCGGUAACUUGGGCUAAAUAGUAUUUUAAAGUUUUUUUUUGUAGAGAAUUUUACUAGGAUAAAUCUCUUUAAUUUUUAUAUUCGUCUAGAUGAGUGCAAUCUAUGUAGGGGAGACCGGGGCAGGUUGUAACAAUUUAUGGUUUAUUUUUAUUGUAGCAAAAACUUUUUGUCUCACAAAUUUCGUAUUUUCCUACCACAUUCUACAAACCUUAUAUAAAUACCUUAUACAAACUUUAUAAAUGUUAUAAGAGACUUAAUUUUUUCUUUACUAUAGUAUUAUUUUAAAAAUAUCAAAAAUAAAGCAGGCAUGAUUUUGGUACAAUUUAAGAUGGUAGAUGUAACAUCGUUUUCUACUUUAGAAAACUAGCUUAAAUUAUAGUUAAAGCAAUGAGUAUGAACAUUUUGCUUAACAGGAAAAAAAAAUAAAAUGAAAAUAGCUACAAAAUAAACAUUUAUCUUUAUUAAAAAAACAUGUAAUAGUCUAACAAAAGAAAACAGAAAUAAAAUUCUAACAAAAUUUCAAUAAUAUAAUCUUCUUAUAUCAAUAGCUUUUUAACGUAAUAAGAAAAAACCGAGUAAAAGAAUCCGAGAUCACCGGGAGUGCAUUCAUCGUGUGCCUACUGCUUACAUGUUUUGCAUUGAAUCCAUUCUCCUGGUUUGCUAUUAGAUAAUUUCUCGCAGCACACAAUGGAAAUUGUAUCAUCUUCAUCAGAAUCAUCGUCAGAAGACUGAAGAACCUUUCUUUUAGCUGCUUUAACCUUUGGCGCCAAUGCUUUCCCUUUUUUCACAAGCUUUGCUUUAGUUUCCGACUUUAAAGCCUCCAGUUCGGGCGUUUCAGUUAAAACAGCAGACUUUCGGUUUUUCCGGCCUCUAGUUGCUUGUUUUUUUUUUGGCGCAGACUUUGGAAAUUGUCUCACUGCUGCUGAAGAAAAACUCAGCAUCGAAGUAAUUUUACAGGAAAUUAGAUGGUACAGCAUGAGAGGUAGAAGGCAAGUCUUCAAUUGCAGGUGUUAAACCAGCCAGAUGAAGAGCUUCAUACGGAGGAUUAGUGGGUAAAGAACUUUGAUUUCCUAAGGCACAACCAUCAUCAGGUACGGGCGGGACAUCAGGUGGUACUUCUUCAUGUUGACGGUCUUGUACGUACGGUCGAUCAGUUACACUGGAUAGCAAAAAAUCAUUUUCCCCAAAAGUGUUCCUGUUAAAUGGUUUAAUUCCGGUACAUUGAAAGCCUUUGGUAAUGUUAUUUUGUGAAAGUUCUAAAGGAAGUGCUUCACGAGCAAGUCCUGGAAUAUCAUAUAUUGUUCUAGGAUGAUUACGCAUUCAGGAGUCUUGUUGGGACGUCAUAUAUUUUUUUAAGGGACCAUAAACUGACCGGUCAAGAGGCUGGAGGCGAUGGGAACAAUGAGGUGGAAAUGAUAAUAACACAACUCCAUUUUCUCUGGCAAAUUUAACAGUUUUAUAUGCCACGUGAGAUUCGUGGUUAUCCAGUAGUAGUAGGAUGGGUUUUUCGGUAGAAGGCCGAACAUGUGAAAUAAAGUGUUGAAUAAAUAUAAAAAAGUCAUCAACAGUCAUCCAACCUAAUUCAUUGCCAGCUCCAGUGCACCCUGGCGGACCAUCUCGAAUAUAAUGAUCCUGAAAGCGCAUUCGAGGACAAAUAGAAACAUCGGCGGGACGUGGUUACCAAUAGCGCUUACUGCAAUGCAUAGAGUUACUAGAACCCCUCUUUCACUGGAUGUUAUACCCCCAUCUUGUUUUGUGCCUUUUUCGGCUAUUACUUUUCCUAGCCUUUGAACUGUAGUCAGCCCAGUUUCAUCCAGAUUCCAUAUGUCAGAUGGAGUAAAUUGAAAUCUGUCUCGGGAACUCGAAUGGAUAAAUUAGGAUGUUUUUUAAGACAAUUCGUAAGCCAAUCUUCGCCCGCUGUCUUAUUUUUAGACCAUGACUCGGGCACUUUAAAUGUCAUAGCAUAAUCAUAAGCUAAUUUUCUUACCUCUUUUGGAAGACAGACCAAAAUAAAUUUUUGCGCACCGCUUAAUAUAAAGCUCAAGUUCAUUCAUUUGGGCAUCUGUAAAUAUUUUUUUGUGUUUACUAUACCCAAACUUUUCUAAUGAGACAUGUGUAAUAUUAUUAUUAUAGUUUUUCUCUUUCAUUUUCUUAACAUAUCUGCUAAGUGUUACAUGACACAUUUUAAGAUCUUUUGCUACUGAUCGAAUGAAUUCAUUCAUUCAUUCAUACUUGUUUUCUUCUUAUAGUUUCUCGUGCUAAAAUUAAACAAUAAAAAACUAUUAUCUUAACCGUUGCAAUUUUUGGGGUAAGUUGUAACACGUUACAAUUUGCCCCGAGCUAAGUGUUUCAACUUACCCCGGCAGACGUGUCCACUAUUUUAUUUCAUUUCAAAAAACUAAAAGCUGUAAUAAUCGGCAACACUGUAAAAGUGCAACUAUAUACCCUAACAAACAGCACCCCAACUUAAGUUGAACAAAUGGGAAUACAUGCAAAAAGAUAUUCAAAUUAUAUUCCUACCUUCAAAUUUUACUUUCACGUCACAAUUUUCCUAAACUGCACUUAAAUUUCAAACGGAACGUACGCACUCUUCGAAAGCUUGUAUACGCAAUACGAGAUUUGCUGAGUAGCGCCGACUUAAAAUUCGGCUACUGUUUCAACUUACCUUGCGUUGCAACGUACGCCGGUCUCCCCUAAUCUAAGCUCAAAUGAUUCAGUGAGUGUUGAUGAGACGAAGGAAAUAUUGGAAAAACUGGAAACAAACAUUUUUUUUCUUUUUAGUUAGUAACACCGUUAAGGUUAAAAGAUCCUUAUCUUCAAAAAUUGCCCUCUUUACAAAAUUUUUCUUGGCAUUUUCAUCUGCUUGAAAAACUGAAAGUUGAGCUGGUUGAACUUUUGUGCUUUUUUUCUUUCUAUCUCUAGUGCUUUUAUUUAUUUUAUUAAUAUUUAGAAAUGGUCUUAUGAUUUCUGGGGAAAAACAGGAGAAAUAUAUUCCAGCUAAAAAAUCUUUCUGAGAUUUGGGCUCUUGAACAUAUUUGGUUCUUAUCGACAGCCUGAAAUAACAAAAUCGUGCUUUUCUUCUAGGCAGGUGAAGAAAGAAAUAAUAUUUCAUUAUGUUCCUUAUUGUGAUGUUUUUCAUCUGAGGGUCCUGGAAUAAGUUCUUGAACACUUUCUGGCAAAAGUUAAUCUAUGACCGUUGCUAGUAAAAAUUCACUGUCAUCAAAAACAGAACUGCUAAGUGAGUAGAUUCCGGUAUUUUUAUAAGCUAAGAUUAUAUUAUUUGUACUAAGGGCAUGCCCUAAUAUCUUACUUAUAAAUUGUUAUCCUUGGGCCGAGGUGGGUACUCUUCCACAGGUUACACUCAUUGUUUUGUAACCGUGUCAGUGGCCCAUAAACUAAGUUCAAGGGCUGAAAUUGUGUGAUAUGUGAUGCCUUUUAGCCAUUUUAAUAACAUAACGGAAAUAUGGCUUUUGUGAUUAUUUAUUAUCAAGAGGACUGGAUGUUGUGCCGAUGGUCUAGCAUUUUUAAUAAAAUAUUAAAAUGUGAUAAAUAUAUCUUCGUUUAUCCACCCGAAAAGGCGAAACAUCUUCAACUCGCGCUCAACGCGCUUUAAAAGUUUCAGGGUUUCACGGCUAACUGUUCAAAAAUGUUUACAAAGAAACCUAAAAACACAAUCUUUAAUUAAACAUGCAAGAUGAAAUCAGGAAAACUAGUAAAUUACUUUGAAUAUCAUGUUGACCGAACUGAUUCGCUUGACAAAGCUUUGUAUUAUAGUGUUUGCAAGAUAUUUUUGAUAUUUUUCGUUUUGAACUAUUAAGUUCUGUUGGUUUUUUAUACUUUUGCCAAUUGCUUUUAUUUUCAUUCUUUCUUUUUUUCUCUUGAACAAGUAGAAACUGGCAUGUGCUAAUCGUCCGCUAUUAAUAUUAAGGAACAGUUUUCUUACCAUUGUUGAAACCUGUUUUUUUGCUAUUGCUUACUGUAGCGUUUAUUUAACAUAAAAUAUAGAUUUUAUGGAAACUUUAAAUUUAUACCCUUUUACUUUAAAUGACAAUAAAGCAACAGACAAAUACAAUAUAAUCAGUAUACUUUUACUUAUUUGUAACUUAUUUAUCAUUAUGAAGUUAUAAAUAAGUAAUAUAACUUAUAUAUUACUUAUCUAGAACUUAUUUAUUAUGUAGGCUCCAGGACUUUUCGCUUUUGGACUUUUAGUCAUAUUUGAAAAAAAAAAAUUAAAAAUAGGCAUUUGAAACGUGUUGGACAUAAGGUAGUUUUGAGAAAAAUUACUUCCACUGUUGUUCAGGGAAUCAACAUCUUUAGGAAAUGAGCGACGUAUUUAUUUUUUUUAACUUGUACUUAUUUUUUUAAAAAAGCUUUUCAUAUAUAUAUGACCAGGUACUAUCUAAUUAAUAGUUUUUGUUUUUAUUGUGCUAUAGUCUUAUAAUUGUUAAAGAACAAAAUUGUUAGUUUAUCUUAAACUAGCGUAAAUAUAGACAAUUUUGGAUAUUAUAAUAGUGAUUUAUGUGAUGUGAAUCUCUUAUGAAAUAAUAAUUGUGCCACAAAAAUUAUAAUACAUAUUUUUGAGUAAAAA